CCCCAUCCUCUCGUCUCACGCAUGCACAAGAACACACAUCCCCUAAUUCCCCUUCCUCUCAGCAUGUGGCCGCCGUGGACAGGAGCACCGUCCACUGGAGCGCGCCGCCCGCUGUCUCGCGUACGCGGAGCAACCGCUGGAGACGCCCGCGCCCCGCUGGAUCUUGGCUCGCCCUCGCCGCCUCGCCCCUGCCCUGUUCCCUCGCGCCGUCGCGCGGUCGCGCCGCCCACUCGCCCAGGCGCUCACUGUCGCGACUCGCGAAGCUACCGCCGCGGCGAUGGCCGCCGGGAUCUUGCGGUUGUUCUCCUCCUGUCCUCCAACCCCCUGCUGCCCAGUCCCUGGCGCUGCCCCUGCCGCACCACACUUCACACACAGCACCAACCAGCAGGGCAACACGGGCAGGUAGUCAUGGGCACGGAAAAUCAGACUCAGAGAAGAAUUGAUUUGGUGUUUAAAAGGAAAAGAGAUGAUAUAACUGAUGUUGAGGAUGACCAUGUAUUGCCCUUGCUUGAAUUCGAACAGCAACAACCUGAACAACAACAUAACCAAGAUGGAGGAGUUCGAACAAAUGAAGCUGUUACAUUCCGAGGUAUUGAGUUCUUGCAGCGAGAUCCUGGAUUGCACCCUCAAAUUUGGCAAUAUCCACCAGACCAGAGAGAUAUCGUGAGCAGAGCAUAUUUGAUGUUAGGUCCUAAUGCAACACCCGCCUAGAGAACUAUAAACCUUCUGGUGAACCAGGGCAUCAACACCGCUUCCAGUAUAGUUGGUUUGGUGAUUUUCCGUCAUGGCUAGAGUACUCGCAGGAGAAAAGUUGUGUGUAUUGUCUAUAUUGCUUUGUCUCCAACAACAAAGAGAAUACACGAGGUGGUUCUCAUGUCUUCACGGUACAUGGAUUUGACAGUUGCAAGAGGGUUUGUGGGAAACAUUGUGCAUUCUUGACUCACAUAGGAUCUGGACCAUGCUCAUCACUCAACAAUGCAGUCACUAGUGGUCAUGCCUUAAUGAAACAACCUUGCCAUAUAGAGAAUGUUACAGCUGUGAAGGACAAGGAGAAGGUGGACUCAUGGUUGAACUGUACGUUGAUACAUAUAUAUUACAUAUACAUAUCUACUAGCUCAAUCUUGUGACCUGGGUGCUUGUAACAUGCCCUUAUGAGUCAGAAUUUGAAAAAAAAAUUGUGCUCUUCUUAAGUCUGGCCCGUCCAACUUUUCCGUUCAAGCU